GUCUGAACCACGAAGUAAUAUAAGGAGGCUCCACAAGCAUAGAAAGGCGAGUCCAAUUUUCCGGAAAUUAAUUGCUUCAACUAGGAUUAACCUCACUAGCGGUUCCUAGCGGAAAACUCUUUGCUCUUUGAUUUCUCGUGUUUGGGAGUUUUAGUUUUAGUUAUCAAAUUCAAAAUUCGUGAUAUUGAAAUGCCGACGUGCUUUGUACGCGGAUGUAAGUCUUCGGACUAUAAAAAUCAAAAGGAAAACUCAGAGAGAAAAAUUAGUUUAUUUCGUCCAAACAGGGAAGAGGUGUUAAGAAGGUGGCAGGAAAUUGUACCAAAUGGACAAAAUUUGAAAAAACAUCAUGCCAUUUGUGAGCUACAUUUUGAUAAAAAUGAUAUUUUGAGACAUGAUGGAAAUGAAUUUACUUUACCGUCGGUACGUGCACGUUUAAAGGAUGGUGCUACACCCAAAAUUUUUGAAAAAUUUGAAAAGAGUGAAACUACUCCACGUGUGAUUGUAGUAACACAUAAUUUUCCUCAUAAUAACGAUUUUGAAAAAGAAAUUAAUUUUGAUGUAAUUUAUAAAAAUGCUCAUUGUAUACCACUGCCUUCCUGUCACUGGUUCAUGAUGCGAGAAGAGGGCAAAAUCAUAUGGAAUUACUGGAAAGAAGAUUGCUCUGAAGAAAGUGUGCAACUAGUUGUACUUUCUUCGAAUAUGAUAGUGAAGAUUUUUUUGAAAGGAAAGGAGGUACAUGUGGAUAAUAUAAAUUUUGCACAAAAUGUGAAAGAUAUUGCAGAUAUACUGAAGAAGGUGGAAAAUAUUCUACCAUGUGCUAGUGAUGAAUCGGAAUACAGGUCUUUAGAUUGUAAAGGUUACGUAAUGAAGACAGAAUGUGGUAAAAGAGGUAAACGCGUAAAAUUUUGUGAUCCUUGUAAAUUUCAUCGAUUACGAUUACAAAAAAAAAAAAAAACGAUUCCGGAAAACUAAACGCGAAAAACAAGGAAUUGCGUGAAAAAUUGAAAAGUGAAAACCGUCGAAAACAACGCACAUCGUUCAAGAUCAAGAAACUAGAAGAAAAGGUAGAAAAUUUAAAAUUAAAAUGUUCAAAAAUUGAAAAUGAAGCCAUUGUUAAGUGUUUAAUUCAAUUACCUGAAAAUGAGCAAAAUGCUGUGCGAACCAUACUGGAAACUUCAAAAGUAAAGAGCAA